CUUGAAGUGACCAGUAAGAGAAGAGAUUAUAGUUACCGUGGUUACAGUGGUUUGUCAACCUAUACACUAAAGACAGGAAAACGUGGAAUCUAAUGCAUGGAAGAUCAACAGCAUGAGUGGAAGGAAUCUACAGGGAUUCAUCAAAAACUACAGGGCAGAAGAUGCUGAAAGACAGAGACUGCAGAUGAUAAAUGGCAGUUCCAGGUGCAAACCGACUGAAUAUGAAACGCUGCAGGCCUUUGUUGAUGCCAGACGCCUGGAGUACGAUCUCAUUGGACAAAAGGUUCUGAAGACGUGCUGUGCAGCCAAGGCAACCAAGGAGAGCUCCUUAUUACGACAGCACCGGCAGGUGUGGAGCAGAGAAUGCCCCAGGCUGCAAAAAGCUGAGGAGCAGGCAGAGGAAGAUAUCCAUCAUUUUCUCAAUCAGAUUAAGCCAAAUGAUAUAACAGACACUGCCAUCUUUUUACUUCAACAAUAUGGUGAAUCUCUUGAAAGAGAACGGGAAGCAUUCAGAAUAUCUACUGUUGAGCCUGUGCAUCAGCUCAGAGACGACCUGUCCUUCAGACUGGGAAGGGUGGAUGAUCAGCAGCUCAAUGAGCAUCCGUCAAACUGGGAACAAGUAAAGCAACAGAUCAAUUUUGUGAAAGACCAACAAACGGACAUAAUUGGAAAGCUUAAUGCAGAGUACCAGGACACAGAGCAGCAGAUUAUGGACCUUGGUUUAGAGAAAUACAUUAGCAGUACUUCAGAUAUUGUGAUGAGCUCAGAAACCAUUCCUGAGGAGGUUUUGGACUCAGAGUGCCCAUAUCCAGACCUGAUGGACUCUCUGAUCCAGGCCUUCCAGUUCCUCUCACAGAGGUACCAAGGCAGACUGCAGAGUCUGAAGGAGCAGCUGGAAAAAACUGACAAGUUCUGUGGCUGGUGCCCAGACGACCAUCAACAAUUCCAGUUCACGGUGUCUAUGUACACUCAUGAUAUACCCAACUACAGAGCGCUCUGCAUGGACAUGCUGUUGAGACAGUUCCCUGACAGGACACGACUGGAGCUGAUGCAGCAUGAACGUUUGUGGGACGUGCAGCGAUUCACCCAGACGCAGAUAAGAGUCGUGACCCAGCAGUGGCAGCGAGACCUGCAGGAGCUUCUGGACAGGGCCCUGGUCACGCUGCAGGAGGCAAAACACGCCCACCAGGAGGAGCUGGAGCACCACAGAGACCGCCAGCAUCAGCAGGACAUCUGCUUUCAACUCAGAGAGAAACUGCAACAAUGGCGGGCCCAGCAGGAGGAGGUGGCGAAGCUGGAGUCGGCUAUAGAAGCAAGACGUCAAGAGGAAGAAGAGGAGAGAUUAAAGAAGGAGCAGGAGAAAGAGGCUGCCCUCAGAUCGCAGCAGAAAGAGAAAAGAUUGUUUUAUUUAAAGCAGCAGAGGAGGAGGGAGGUGCUGGAACAGAGGGAUCAGGAGCGACUUGCUGCUCUGAGGAGCGUCAUGGAAGAACAGGCGAGGAGAGACAGGCAGAGGGUGCAGUUUCGCACUGAUGUGUUGCAGCAACGAAUAAAGGAGAGAGAAAUGCAGGAGCUCCAGCAGCAGAGGGAGGAACAAGAGAGACGGGAUCGUCUGGAAGCUCUCAGAAAGCAGGUUGAAGUGCUGGCAGAGGCCGACCCAGAGAGGAUGAUGGCAGAUACAGAAGCUUGGAGGAGCCGACACUUGAAUGAGAAACAGUUUGAGCUGCAGAGGCCUCUCUUCAGUAUUAACACGUACACAGACAAACAGAUUGCAUCAGAUCCAAGAGUCCGAGCUGAGCAAGCCUUUCGAGAGGCUGGAGUACACCAGAACCAGUAUGCCAAGGAGGUUCUGUCCCAAAUCAAGCCUACUAAACCGCCAAGACACGACACAAAAUCGACACUUAAAUUCUGACCAAAACUUUGUUUGACUCAUAUUGUUUUUUUUUUUUUUUUUUUUCAAACAAUUCCUGGAGAUAUUUAAAUUAGGGAUGUCCACAUCUAGAUGUUUUUAGACCUGAUCCUGAAGUCCUUUAAAGAUAGACAUUUCCCAAUAGUAAGUCCCUGGCCACCAUUUUAAUAGAUAUGCUUAUUAAAUACCACAAACUUU